UCAUCCGUUAUAUUUCACUAAAAAAACUCAUCAAUCAUAUCACAAAACUUCUCACCUUUCUCUGCUACUUCUCUUUCAACAUUCUGAUUUCAAUCGAUCCAUUUCAUUUUCACAAUCCUCUUUUUGCGUAAAGAAUAAAAAAACAAUCUUGCAAUUCUUUAAGAACUGAUUUGAGAUACAGAAGUACCCAAUCCUAACCCAGAAUCUCCAAAUGGAAGCUAAGGAGCCACUGAUAAUCAGAGACAAAAGCCAGAUGAGACAAUGGUCAAGGUCCAUGAGAGCUCAGGGCAAGACCAUAGGGUUAGUCCCCACAAUGGGUUACCUCCAUGAGGGUCACCUCUCACUCCUCCGAGAAGCCCACAAGCAAACCCACCUCACAGUGGUCUCAAUCUAUGUCAACCCAGGUCAGUUUACUCCCUCUGAAGACCUCUCCACAUACCCAUCUGAUUUCCAUGGUGAUAUCAAGAAGCUCAUGUCUGUUCCUGGUGGUGUUGAUGUUGUCUUUCACCCCCACAAUUUGUAUGAUUAUGGGAGCAGUGGUUGUGGGGAUGGGGUAGAGAGAGAAGUGAGGAGAGAGAAAGAGGGAGGGGAAGGGGUGGUGUCCUGUUUGGAGGAGAGGGGAUUGGGGCAUGAAACUUGGGUUAGGGUUGAGAGAUUGGAAAAGGGUAUGUGUGGGAAGAGUAGGCCUGUGUUCUUUAGAGGGGUUGCUACUGUUGUCUCCAAGUUGUUCAAUAUUGUUGACCCUGAUUUUGCUUUCUUUGGCAAGAAGGAUUACCAGCAAUGGCGAAUUAUAAGGCGAAUGGUUCGGGAUCUUGAUUUUUCCAUAGAAGUGAUUGGUGUUGAGAUGGUACGAGAUGAUGAUGGACUUGCAAUGAGCUCCCGCAAUGUGCACCUCUCACCUGAAGACAGGAAAAAGGCCUUGUCAAUAAAUCAAUCAUUGUCAAAAGCUAAAUGUGCUGCAGAAAAGGGUCUAGUUAAUUGCACGGUGUUGAAGAAUUCAGUCACCAUAGCAAUACUAGAAGCUGGUGGAAGAAUUGAUUAUGCUGAGAUUGUAGACCAAGAAAGUUUGGAAGCUGUGGAUGAGAUUAAAGGUGCGGUUGUGUUUUGUGUUGCUGCCUGGUUUGGAAAGGUCAGACUAAUUGACAACUUGGAAAUCAAUGUCUGAGUGUGUGUGUGUGUUCAGUUUUGUACACAGCCUGUGUAAACAUGGGCAGCAGCGUAAACGAUGCUUGGAAUACACAAGCACGGUAUCCCCUACCAAUUGUUAACACAGGAGCCGAAUGAAAUAAAUCAUGCCUUGCAUAUUAUCCACAGGUUUCAUCA